GCCAGCCAGCCGGGCACUCACUCACCUACACUCUGCGCCCAAGACUGCCACAACUUCUCCGUGCCUUCACCAGGUGUGCCACGGCCACCAGGUGGUCCUAGUCGCUCCAGGCUGGGGCCGUCUCUGUGUGCCCCUCGGGGGCCAUGGACGACAAGACAGAAGCGGAGCAGGGCUGGGGAGUGCCCCCACCAGGUGCCCCCCCUGGACACGGUUUCUCAGGCGACCUGGCCUCCGGAGUCCGGCGGACACCCAAGAAGUACGCGGUGACUGAGGAGUACCAGCUGUCCAAACAGGUGCUGGGCCUGGGCGUGAAUGGCAAGGUGCUCGAGUGCUUCCACCGGAAGACGGGGCAGAAGUGCGCCCUCAAGCUGCUGUAUGACAGCCCCAAGGCCCGGCAGGAGGUGGACCACCACUGGCAAGCCUCGGGCGGCCCCCACAUCGUGCGCAUCCUGGACGUGUACGAGAACAUGCACCACCACAAGCGCUGCCUCCUCAUCGUCAUGGAAUGCAUGGAAGGUGGUGAGCUCUUCAGCAGGAUUCAGGAGCGUGGUGACCAGGCCUUCACUGAGCGAGAGGCCGCAGAGAUCAUGCGGGAUAUUGGCUCAGCCGUCCAGUUCCUGCACAGCCAGAACAUUGCCCACCGGGAUGUGAAGCCGGAAAACCUGCUCUACACGUCCAAGGAGAAAGAUGCGGUGCUCAAGCUCACCGACUUUGGCUUUGCCAAGGAAACCACCCAGAAUGCCCUGCAGACACCCUGCUACACCCCCUAUUACGUGGCCCCCGAGGUCCUGGGUCCGGAGAAGUACGACAAGUCCUGCGACAUGUGGUCCCUGGGCGUCAUCAUGUAUAUUCUCCUGUGUGGCUUCCCGCCCUUCUACUCCAACACGGGCCAGGCCAUCUCCCCGGGCAUGAAGAGGAGGAUCCGCCUGGGCCAGUACGGCUUCCCCAACCCCGAGUGGAAGGAGGUGUCCGAGGACGCCAAGCAGCUGAUCCGCCUUCUGCUGAAGACAGAUCCCACCGAGAGGCUGACUAUCGCUCAGUUCAUGAACCACCCCUGGAUCAAUCAGCUGAUGGUGGUGCCACAGACCCCACUGCACACAGCACGUGUGCUGCAGGAGGACAAGGACCACUGGGACGAGGUCAAGGAGGAGAUGACCAGUGCGCUGGCCACGAUGCGGGUGGACUAUGACCAGGUGAAGAUCAAGGACCUGAAGACCUCCAACAACCGGCUCCUCAACAAGCGGCGGAAAAAGCAGGCAGGCGGUGGCACCUCGGCCUCCCAGGGGUGCAGCAACCAGUAGACCCAGCCGGCCAGCACAGCCAGAGGCGGACAGAGCAUGGAGGGGUGGGCUCGGAGUGCCACGGUUCUUUUUCUAACAAAGGAUUGUUUUGCUGCG